CACACCCAAUAGAUGAGAAUGUAACUCAAAAAAUCAGAAAAAAAAAUCAGAAAAUACAAAAAAGAUGGUAUAGAAUAUGUCUCUUCCAAAAAACAUCUAUCAAGUAAUGGACCGCAUAAGAAGCCAUCCAAUCUGCAGCAUUAUUAGAUUCUCUAUCCACGGCAGAGUGCCUGGGAUUCGGAAUCAGUGGGCACGCAAUAUUUACAUGGAAACAUCAAUUCCCAUGCGGGUGAAAUGCGGUCGCACGCAAGCAUGUAGCUGUCCUGUAGAUAACUCCAGCGGCCGUACAUAUGAAGUUCCCCUUUCCCACCUGCCCCUGGGGGCGAAUCCAUGCCCACUUGCUCCUCAGAGAAGUUCCCAGUGUUCUUCUCCUCUCCUUUUCCUCCACGUACAUAGCCGCUGAGCUCCAGGAUUCAAAUUAAAAAGCCCAUCCAUUCCAUGGAAGCCUCUCGCUGUCAUCUCCAUCUCCUCCCGUCAUACACUCCCCUUCUCCACAGAACCAUUUCCAAAGCCAAACUGCCACCCCUCCUAAACCCUAGGACUCGUCUCGUGGUUCCCUCGGCAAUGCGCUCGCGGAUAUGCGAUUCUAGGGUUUACAGUAGCCGGAGCUGGCUGUUACCCAAAUCUUCGAGGAGACCACUGGUAUUUCCUCCGACUCAAGCUUCUGACAGGCAGGCAGAGCUUGCCGAUGGCUUCGACGGCCGGAUUUUGGUUGGAUCGGGGGUCACUGUUCUCUUCGCCGUCUUGAAUCGGGUUCUAUAUAAACUGGCCCUCGUUCCCAUGAAGAAUUAUCCCUUCUUUCUGGCCCAAGUCACCACCUUUGGAUAUGUGGCGGUAUAUUUCUCUAUUCUCUACAUCAGAUACCGUGCUGGGACUGUGACUAAGGAAAUGCUGGCCAUCCCAAAAUCUCGUUUUAUAGCAAUUGGUUUCCUGGAAGCCCUUGGCGUUGCUUCAGGGAUGUCUGCUGGAGCUAUGCUUCCUGGACCUGCCAUUCCUAUAUUGUCUCAGUCAUUCUUGGUGUGGCAGCUUAUCUUAUCUGUCAUAAUUUUGGGAAGAAAAUAUUCAUUCAACCAAAUCUUUGGUUGCCUACUUGUAACUGUAGGAGUGGUUCUAGCAGUAGCAAGUGGGGCAAAUGGGGGUCAAUUUCUAUGUGAAGUUGAAUUUCGCUGGCCAGCGCUGAUGGUGGCCUCAUCUGCAUUUCAAUCUGCCGCAUCCAUUCUCAAGGAGUUUGUUUUCAUUGACAGUGCAAAGCGCCUUCAGGGAAAGCCUCUUGACAUAUUCGUUGUCAAUUCUUUUGGAUCUGCGUUCCAGGCUCUUUUUGUGUUUCUUCUUCUUCCUUUUCUUUCAAACAUGAGAGGAAUUCCUUUUCCUGAACUUCCCUCAUACAUAAAAAGUGGAGCUGCAUGUUUUUUGAAUUUAGGAGGCAAUAUGACAGGUUGUGAAGGAGCUCCAUUAUUACCUCUACUUUUUAUAACAAUGAAUAUGGCUUUCAACAUAUCUUUGCUUGGUCUGGUGAAAAUUUCAUCUGCAUUAGUUGCUUCUCUUGCAGCAACACUAGCAGUGCCCAUUUCCAUCUAUAUUCUCUCGCUGCCAUUACCUUACAUCCCUCAAGGCACAAGCUUGAACACAUACUUCAUCAUUGGUGCUGCAAUUGUGGUGCUGGGACUGAUACUAUACAAUCUCCCUCAAUCAGCAAAUUGUUCCCAUAAAAUCGACUAACUUUAUGCUCGAAGCAAUGCUCUGAAGAUCCCUGCUAUUGAGUAGAAUGGCAUUCAUGCUGCAACUAACUCUAUUGACAGGCACGGUAUUUAUCUAUUGGGAACUGUGCUUGUCCCUGCACCACAUAUUUUACUGCUCUGCAUGAGUUGCGACCAGUCUGAGGUGCAGAUGGACAGGUUAAAGCCUCAUCAUCAGGUGUAUACAUGGACUGAGGCCGGAUCAUAUCAUAGACUGUUGAACUUGCCAGCCAGGAAUGGUUAUGCAUGCAAGUAACUCCGCAGUCUUCAGUAAUAUUGUUACAGCUCCAAACUGUCAAUUGCUAAUUUGUUGCAAAUCGCAAUGUAGCAAGGACUUAUCAUCAUCCACGAUCUCACAAUGAAAUUUAUGUUGCAAUAUAAUUAAUUAAUUAUGAAUGCUUAUAUUAGAAGUUGGAGCAGAACCAAGGCUUUCAUAACACCAAUAUUCUGAUAUUGACUGUUGUAACACGUAUAAUGCCUGAUAUUUGUCGCUUAAUGUAUGUUUUUUAAGCUUUUUAGUAUUAAUAAUCUGUUAUAAUGACAAUUGUAACUGUGAUAUAAAGCAAAACAAUGAUGUUGUGCUUCAAA